GUAGGGAUCACCCCUCCCCCAUAUUGCAAAACUACCUGUUCUAUGCUUUUACAUUUGUAACUGUUUCAUCUAGUAUAACUGAAGUGGUGAUGGGAGUCUCCUUUUGAGCUUCAUCUAUGCAUUGGCAAAUACAGUUAAUUAACUGGUCUAGUUUUUUAUCUCUAUUUUUGUAUUUGCAGAUGAGUGCUCAGAGUCCUAAGUACUGCCUUUCAGGCCUCAUAAUGUGCCCUUGUAUCCUCUAACAUGUCUGGAAUGUGUGUAGGCUGUGCUGGGGCAGGGAAAGGAGAGUUUCUUUGUCACAACAAACAAGGGGAAAGCUUUUUUCCUGUCUCUUCGAUUUACCAAUGCCUCAUCAGAAGCUUUCAGCACUUAUUGAUGCCAUCUGCAGUUUUGUGAUCUGCAAUGAUUCUUCCCUUCGAGGUCAGCCCAUUAUCUUUAAUCCUGACUUUUUUGUGGAGAAACUCCGACAUGAGAAACCUGAGGUUUUCACUGAGUUGGUGGUCAGCAAUAUCACAAGGCUCAUCGAUUUACCUGGAACUGAGUUGGCUCAGCUGAUGGGGGAAGUGGACCUUAAGUUGCCUGGCGGGGCCGGCCCAGCGUCAGGAUUCUUCCGGUCUCUCAUGUCUCUCAAGCGAAAGGAAAAAGGAGUGAUAUUUGGGUCCCCACUGACAGAGGAAGGCAUUGCCCAGAUAUACCAACUGAUUGAAUAUCUACACAAAAACUUACGAGUAGAGGGUUUGUUUAGAGUACCAGGUAAUAGUGUCCGACAGCAGAUUUUAAGGGAUGCUCUCAAUAAUGGAACUGACAUUGACUUGGAAUCAGGGGAGUUUCACUCAAAUGAUGUUGCCACUUUGCUGAAGAUGUUUCUGGGAGAGUUGCCGGAGCCUCUGCUGACACAUAAACAUUUCAACGCACACCUUAAAAUCGCUGAUUUGAUGCAGUUUGAUGAUAAAGGAAACAAGACCAAUAUACCAGACAAGGACCGGCAAAUUGAGGCUCUCCAGUUGCUCUUCCUCAUUCUCCCUCCUCCUAAUCGUAAUUUGCUGAAGUUAUUGCUUGAUCUCCUAUACCAGACAGCAAAGAAACAAGACAAGAACAAGAUGUCAGCCUAUAACCUUGCCCUUAUGUUUGCACCCCAUGUCCUGUGGCCAAAAAAUGUCACUGCAAAUGACCUUCAGGAGAAUAUCACAAAGUUAAACAGUGGGAUGACUUUUAUGAUUAAACACUCCCAGAAACUUUUUAAGGCUCCUGCUUACAUUCGGGAAUGUGCCAGAUUGCACUAUUUGGGAUCCAGAACUCAGGCAUCAAAGGAUGACCUUGACCUGAUAGCUUCAUGUCAUACUAAGUCCUUUCAGCUGGCAAAGUCUCAGAAACGUAACCGGGUAGAUUCCUGCCCUCACCAGGAGGAGACCCAGCAGCAUACGGAAGAGGCACUGAGAGAGCUGUUUCAACACGUUCACAAUAUGCCAGAGUCAGCAAAGAAGAAACAACUUAUUAGACAGUUUAAUAAGCAAUCAUUGACCCAGACACCAGGGCGAGAACCUUCUGCUUCCCAGGUACAAAAGAGGGCUCGUUCACGCUCCUUCAGUGGGCUUAUUAAGCGGAAGGUCCUGGGAAAUCAGAUGAUGUCAGAAAAGAAAAAGAGGAACCCCACUCCAGAAUCUGUGGCCAUUGGUGAAUUGAAGGGAGCCAGCAAAGAAAAUAGGAACUCAGAUUUCUCUGAAGGAUCCAGAGUUGUCUCCUAUGGUCCAUGCAGAAUUUUCUCUUUAGUGGACAAGGUGUUACUCCUGCCCACAGCAAAGCUUGGACUUGCAGCUUGCUUGCUGCAUUUUGAAUUGUCAAGGCCAACUAAUACCGUGACCCAACUGAUACCUCUAAUCCCACUCACUGGAUGAUGUUUGUAAGCUGUGCCUUCUGAGAGAGUGCCUAGGCUCUCUCUCUCUUUUUUAAUAUUAUGGGGAAACCACUAACUGUCCAACCAGCUUAUAUAGCACAGUAAGGUGGGCUUCAGUGCUCAUUCAAUGUGUUUAGGCAGAUUCCACUUUUGAAAAAAAUAUGAGAUGUGUGCUCAACUGCCAGUAAUUUUUGAAAAAGCACUGUCAGUCCUAGUGGCUUGAUGUUAUUUUUAAUGGAUAUUUUGGGUUUUUCUCUGUUUUGAUAGUGUUGGGUAUUUGGUUGUUUUUGUUUAUUUCUUUGUUUUAAAAGCCAUGCUUUUGGAUGGGCUCUAAGCUAGAUGCCUUUCCCUUGUUUUCACUUUGAGCGUUGGGAAAACUCUUUAUCUUAUGAGGCUGUAUUCCUCAAUACCUAAUUUGUGUCCAAAGAAUUUAUAGCUUUUCUGGACAUUUUUUAUUAUUUCUUGGGUCUGACACCAGAGUAUUUGACCUGCAGUAUUGAAAAAGAGAAUUCAGAAUGAUACAAUAUUUUAACAAAUCUUAAUUAUUAAACUCUUUUCCUUCCUUCUUUCCAUCCAUUUCUCCCUCCCUUGUCCAUCUCUUUCUCUUUCCCUUUCCUCAGUGAUGUCAUAAUAAUUGUGUUUUGCUGAACUUGUUACCUUCAUUCAAUUUCCUCUUGACUAAAACAUCUCUGGUGCCAACGUAAUACUUCUGAACCAAAUCACUGUGACUCAAGAAAAGUCACUGACAGCAUAGUAGAAGUUUGCUAAAAUAUUUAUAUGUGGGGGAAGCUCUGGAGUGUGCCUAGGAGGGGCUGGCUGCCUUUAUGUCCCAGGAUGAGUCUUUAUGGGUGGGAUUAUAUUGCACCCUCUGAGGGUGCAGGCUAGACCGUCUCCUGAGAACGAGUUAGAAUCCGAAAAAAGAAGCCAGCAGCAGCCUCUGCAGGGUUGACACGAUUUAAAGGAGAGAAUGUUCUUAUUUGGAAGCAACUGUGGCUUAUCACCAGUGUUCAAGGAGUAUUACUGUGCUGCCCUCUCCUUGUCAGAAGGGGCACAGGUGGUAAUUUGGAGAUGAGGCCAGAGCUUCUGGUUUUUGGACUUGGUGUGUUCACAUAUGUUGGAUGGAGCAGUGGCAUGGCUUCGACCUAGGAUGAACUGGUGUCUGCCCAGAGAGCAGCACGUGGCAGGGGAGAAUGCUCAGGUUUGUGCCUGGCUCUGUGGAGCUGUAUAACCCUUCUCACCCUGUGGGUUGGAGCCGAGUCAGGCCACUAUGGGGAAGCAGUUGCCCCACAAAAUGUGGUUUGCUGACCUAUUUCUAAACUGUUGAAUAUGCUGCACCAUUGCCGAAAUGAAAGAUGACUCUGGGGGAGCAGAGUUUGGCCUUGUGCCCAGCUGGCAGCCCUCUCUGCCAGCCUUUCUGCUGCUUUUGCUGCUGUAACAGCAAUAGUGGAGAAAAAUGUAAAAUUUGGUCUUCCAGCUUAAUAGAGUGUGAACAAUAGAUGGUUAGGAAAACAAAACUGCUUAGAAGCCCCUUUCUCUAGAGUAGUUUUAUGUCAUUUUUAAAAACACAUAUUAGCAAAUUCAUUUGCGUAGGUUUCUAUUAAAUAUUUGACUUGUUUUUCUUGUUAAGAAAAUGAAAUCCCUUAUACCAGAUAGCAGUUAAUUCAAACAGAAAACCCUUUUGGUAUCACCAAAUUGAAAUGGUGUUCUUCCUUAACUCUUCCUUCUUUCCUUUAUUUGUUUAGAUGUGCUUCAUCCUGAAGUGGUGCUGUGGUCUGUUAAACAGGGCUGGCAUCAGGUAGAGGGAGCAGAGUGGUGACCUGAUAGCUCCAUGUCAUUGUGUUAGUUUUUGGUUCUAUUUAAGGGAAGUAGCUGAGAUUGAGACGGAUGUAGAUGCUCUUUGGGUGAAUGGAAUCAGAAAGCAAGGGUUGUGUUCUGGGGUGAGGGUCGCGAGAGAGAUAUUUAUCACAUGCACAUGCGUUUAUAUAGCUGGUCUCCUUGGGCAGUUUGUGUGUGUUUUGUUUAUUUAUUGAGGAUGUUUUCCCUUGCUUUAGGGGUUUAUAGGUCAUUUUUCUUAAUAGAAGCUGUGAUUGACUUAGAAUCCAAAUUUGAGGAGUAAGCAGCAUAACCUUCUACCUUGUAAUAUGUAACUAUUCUAAUCCUGUGGAAUCUUACAGAAAACACAGACAAAACCCCUUUUAUCAUUUGCCACAGAAGCUGCUGUCUCCCUUCUGAUUUGGUGGGCAGGUAUUGUUUUUGAGCCAGUAUUUAACAGAGUUUUUUAAUCUAUAAGAUUGUUUUUGAAUCCAUUUCAUUGUGUUUGUUUUUCAUGUUGGAACAAUCUCUUUGAGAGUGCCUCUUCUUGUGGUUUUUACAACUUCAUUUCUUUCUGGGGUCACCUGUGAUGGGCUUUGAUGUGGUGUCAAUAUGGGCCGUUGUGCUUGUGCCAGGAUACACAUAUUAAACUGUAGGCCACCUUCCUGGUCCAGACUGUACUGUGUGAACCCCACUGACUGAACUGGUGAGAACCGUAGGUGUUGGAGUUUAUCACCUUUUACAAUGAUAAACUUUUGCAUUGGGACCAAUGAAUGUGGUGUGGAAAACCCUGCCAGCAGUGAAAGAGCAUCAGGAGAUACUGACUCUUCCUGAGUGCCAAAAUAGGAGCAGGUAAUGAAUUGUAACCAAAACUACAGUUGAUCCUCCACAAAAGAAAGUUCUUUACCCAGAAUGUCCUUCCAGAGUUGUUCAGGAAGGAUAAGGGAACACCCUUGGGAAAUGGGCUAGUGGAGGGCUGUUGACUACAGUGACACCUGGGUGCUCCAGAGGUCUGUUCUGUUAACCUAGAACAGAACAGUCGAUCCUAGAGUGUCAGAACAGAGCCAUUCUCUCCUCCUGAGUAGGAAUGUUUCUGUUCAGCUUCCCUCACAGGAGCCUGUGUUAGCAUACAGUUGAAAAUACUGCCUUCUAGGAGAACCUGUGGUCAUUGGGAAUGUGCCCCACCGUGACUGGCCAUGCAACCGGGUGAUUUUUAGAAAUAGAUGUCUCUAGACUCUGUCUUCUUUCCUACAAGGCCUCAUACAGAUGCUUGAGGCUAAAGGCCCCCAUUCUGAGGUCAUUUUUGUGUAGAACUCCUUUCCCCAGGAGAGAACCUUAUCUCUGCCCUCCUUUACCCUGAAACCUUCAAACAGAAGAUAGGACCUAGAUCUAAACCUAGAUACUAGCAUUUUGUGGGCUUGUCUAGAAUUUGGGGAAGAUUUGGGUUCCUAAGAUGCACAGGCUUUUUACACCAGUGUUGAUUAACUCAACUAAAACUCACUGUAGGAAGUUAGCUUCCCUAGACAGCUAAUGCUAAGAUCUUCUACCAGCAUAGAGUUGACAGAAGCAGGCCAGCGAGGAGAUGUGGGACAUAAUAGCCUGAGUGCUUGGGUUACCAUGGAGACUGGAGUGUGUGAGGCCAUAGCCUAUGCUAAAGAGCCAUGGAGCCCUCCCCUGGCCAUGUCUGGGGACAGAUAGAACCUGUGGGGGGAAAUAUUCCCUCACCCCAGGGUUCUUUCUGCAGAGCAAGGGUUGUCUUUGUCCUAUCCCUGAGCUUGCUCAACAAGAGAAACAAGGUUUCUUAACUGUUUUGUUUAAAGUUUUCAUUCUUAUUUGACUAUAUGUGUGUAAUUGUAAGGAAACGGUCCUUUGCAUUGUCUUUCUUUUAUAUUCUUGUAAUAUUCUGAAAUUAAAAUUGUUUUGUUUCAUAUCCA